UCUCAAAUUGGUGUUAGCUUUCACCUUUAGAAACUCGAACCAGGAUGACACAACCGGUGCACGAAACUCUGCGUCUCUAUACGACGCCAGAGAAGUACUUCAUCGAGCCACUUGAUUCUGGGAGCAAUGAGUUACUAAUCAUUGACAGAGUAUCUUUCGAGAUCUCACUAGUAGAUGGACUUAGCCAAAUUCCUGACAAUACAGCCAGCAAGUUGAUCUAUGGAUUAUGGGGUAUUAUACGCCUUGUUGCUGGCCCUUACCUGGUGGUGAUCACCAAGAAGACAAAGGCUGGGGAGAUAGAUGGCCAAACAAUCUGGAGAGUGGCAUCAUCUGAGGUUUUGCCUUUUCAGAGGACAAUGUUACAUCUCAGUGAGGCACAGAUAGCUGACAACAAGGCCUACUUGACCAUGGUUGAGUAUAUGCUGAAGCAAGAGAGCUACUAUUUCUCCAGUACAUAUGACCUGACACAUUCCCUACAGAGACUCUACCACACCAGCCCAGACUUUGUUCAGAUGCCUUUGCAUGAGCGGGCAGACCCCAGGUUCAUGUGGAAUGGCCACAUGCUGAGGGAGUUAUCCCAGCAACAUGAACUCAGUAGAUUCUGCGUUCCUAUUUUACAUGGAUAUAUCUCUAUCAACAACUGUACAAUAAAGGGGCAUUCAUUUGAGUACAUCUUGAUAUCACGUCGCUGCUGCUACAGAGCUGGGACCCGCUACUAUAUGAGAGGACUGGACCAGGAGGGACAUGCAGCUAAUUUUGUGGAGACUGAACAAAUCGUGCAGUAUGAUGGCUAUAGGGGUUCAUUUGUACAGACUAGAGGUUCAAUUCCCCUCUAUUGGCACCAGAGACCAAACCUGCAAUACAAGCCAGACCCUCAAUUAUACAGCUCGUCAAACCAUAUGGAUGGAUUCUCAAGGCAUUUUGACAGUCAAGUGGUGAAUUAUGGGAAACAAGUCCUCAUCAAUUUGAUUGACCACAAGGGACCAGAGGAUCUAUUAGAGAAAGCUUUUGCUCAACAGGUCACCAAUUCCCAGAAUGCAUUAAUUAGGUAUGAAUCAUUUGACUUCCACCAUGAAUGCAGAAAGAUGCGUUGGGAUAGGCUAUCCAUUCUAAUGGACAGGCUGGCUGAAGAGCAGGAAAAAUUUAGUUUUUUUAUGAUUAAGAAAGAUGGAACAUUAUUACGUCAACAAGAAGGUGUGUUUAGAACUAACUGUAUAGAUUGCCUUGACCGGACUAAUGUCGUUCAAAGUCUACUUGCCAGAAGAAGUCUGCUAGAACAAUUCCAGCAACUAGGAAUGCUUAGUCCGGGAGAGAGGGUUGAGGAUCAAGUGUCAUUUGAGAAAAUGUUCAAAAAUGUUUGGGCUGACAAUGCAGAUGCAUGUGCAAAGCAAUAUGCUGGAACUGGUGCUUUAAAGACAGACUUUACGCGGACAGGAAAGCGUACCAAAUAUGGUCUGUUACAAGAUGGCGUCAAUGCUGUUGUGCGUUAUUUCAAGAACAACUUCAGCGAUGGUUUCAAACAGGAUGCUAUUGACCUGAUGCUGGGAAAUUACAUAGUGGAUGAGAGCGAAGGGAUUGCCAAGCCAUCUCCUAUGAGGCAAGAGAAAGACUGGAAAUUCUAUGCGUUCCCAGUGAUAUUCCUGAUCGCAUUCUCCAUGUGUGUCAUCAGUAUCCUCAUCCCUGAUGAGCACCCCAGCGAGCAGAUCAUGUAUGUGUUAUUCUGGAGUACAGCUAGCAUUGUAAGCCUGGGAGCCAUGUAUCUUUUUGGCAAUGAGUUUGUUGAUCGACCACGACUCGCUCAGGCUAAGCCCAAAGUGGAUUAAAUGUGACCAUAUUAGGAGAUUUUAAAUAUGUGUAUGCACACGGUUGAUUGGGUUACACUAGAAGUUACACCGAAUUGAGAAUGACGAACUGGACUGAUGAUGUCACAAUGGAGGAAAGAACCCGUAUAUGGCUUCAGUUGCAUAAAAACAAAAAUCAUGAAUUAUAUAUAAAUUGGGACUAUAAACAAUAGAAAUCACAGAUUAUCACCUUGGAUAUUGAAAUAGCAAUGUAAUUUAGGAUACAUGUAUAUUAGUGUUAUUACAACUAGAUAUAACACAAAAGAAAAAUGAAUUAUCGUAAUGUAGAAACACUUGUAUUUAUGUGUACAGUACUGAACAAUGUUUUCAAAUAAUAUGAUGCGAAAACUUUAAUCUAGUGGUAAAACCAAGUCAUUGGAUGAUGUGGUUGGCUAUUUAUAACAAGACAGUGUGAAAUGUUUUGUGAUUAAUGUACAAGAUAUAUAUUGAGAUAUAAAAUAUCCUUAUAUAAAUUAUCAGAUACACAUUCUCAAUCCAUUAUUAUUGAUUUAUAAUUGUGUUUAUAAAGCAAUGCACUUUCAAGUUUUCAAGUUCAUGGGAUUAGCCAAGCAUGAAGUGGAACUCACCAAAAUAUUCAGAAAAUAUUUAUUUAUACAUUUUUUCAACUAAACUGUUAAAUUGAAGUUGUACAAGAUCAUGACUAAACCCGUGCAAGUUUUUUAUGUUAGAUGUCUUGUUUAAUCUGAUGGUGUUUUGGUGAACAGUCGGUUUAACUGUUUAAUUGAAGAUAAUGCCAAAGAGUGAUUGAAAAGCUCUUGUAACAUUUUAAUUUGGUAUGAAUAAGCAGAAUAAUGGAAAAGACUGAAGAUACAGCAAAACAAGUCCUUUUCGUAAUUGUGGACCAAAAAUGUAACAUACCACUAUGUUAUUGAUGUAGCUAUUUUAAACAUGCAUUGGCAAUAAUUUUGAUGCUUGUAAAAAUUCCAUAUUUAGGCACAAGGUGCUUGUGUGCAUAAUGAUUAAGUUACAUCAAAUGUCUCUAUAUUAUGCCAAUACGAUUUAUCUUUUGUAACCUAUUGCAAUAUUCUCUGCAUUUUUGUAAUUUAGUGCACCUACAUUUAAAAUACAUGUACGAUAAUAUGUCGGCAAUAUGUCAUGUUUGACCUACUUUUUCCAAAUUAAGAAUAUCUCAGAAUAUAUUUUUUUGUAUCGCAGAAAAAACAUAUUACAUUUAGAUUACCAAGGGGGCCUAGGAGCAGCAUUUAGAUGUGUGAGAAAAACAUUUAUUGGAUAUGAUUUGUUUAAUUCUUAUCAACUUAAUUAAUAUAACUUUAUUUUUUGGGGGUAAAAUAUGGAAUAUAAUCAAAUAAUAAAACUACUACUUGUGUAUUAAUGUUAAAAAUAGUAUGAAUAAAAUAAA